CUGGCUGAGGGUCCUCAGGCCCGGAGGUGGAGCGGCUGGCCAGAGUGCCCACGGCCGAGUGGAGCGGUUCCACCCGAUCGCCGUCAUGCUCCGGGUCCCGCUGUGCACGCUGCUCCUGCUACUGGCGCCGCCCCGGCUGGGCGCUGCGCAAGGCGUCCAUAAUGUCUCCCGGAGGACAUUUGAGCUAGACUACAGCCAGGACCGCUUCCUCAAGGAUGGGCUGCCGUUCCGAUACAUCUCAGGAAGCAUUCACUAUUUCCGGAUACCCCGCUUCUACUGGGAGGACCGGCUGCUGAAGAUGAAGAUGGCUGGGCUGAACGCCAUCCAGAUGUACGUGCCCUGGAACUUUCAUGAACCCCAGCCAGGACAGUAUGUGUUUUCUGGGGACCAUGAUGUGGAGUAUUUCAUUCGCCUGGCUCACGAGCUGGGGCUCCUGGUGAUCCUGAGGCCUGGGCCCUACAUCUGUGCAGAGUGGGACAUGGGAGGCUUACCCGCUUGGCUACUAGAGAAAGAAUCUAUUGUUCUUCGAUCUUCUGACCCAGAUUACCUUGCAGCUGUGGAUAAGUGGCUGGCAGUCCUUCUGCCCAAGAUGAAGCCUCUGCUCUACCAGAACGGAGGGCCAAUUAUAACCGUGCAGGUUGAGAAUGAAUACGGCUCCUACUUCACCUGUGAUUAUGACUACCUGCGUUUCCUGGCACACCGCUUCCGUUACCAUCUGGGUAAUGACGUCCUUCUCUUCACCACCGAUGGGGCGAAUGAAAAAUACUUGCGAUGUGGGACCCUGCAGGGCCUGUAUGCCACAGUGGAUUUUGGAGCAGCCAAUAAUGUCACAGCAGCUUUCCUAAUCCAGAGGAAGUUUGAACCCAAAGGACCUUUGAUCAAUUCUGAGUUCUACACUGGCUGGCUAGACCACUGGGGUGAACCCCAUUCCACAGUGAAUACUGAAAUAGUGGCUGCCUCCCUCUAUGACCUGCUUGCCCGGGGGGCCAGUGUGAACUUGUACAUGUUUAUAGGUGGGACCAAUUUUGCCUAUUGGAAUGGUGCCAACACACCCUAUGCAGCUCAGCCCACCAGCUAUGACUACGAUGCCCCACUGAGUGAGGCUGGGGACCUCACUGAGAAGUACUUUGCUCUUCGAAAUGUCAUCCAGAAGUUUAAAGAAGUCCCAAAAGGUCCUAUCCCUCCGUCUACACCCAAGUUCGCAUAUGGAAAAGUUGCUCUGAGAAAGUUCAAGACGGUGACUGAAGCUCUGGACAUCCUGUGUCCCAAUGGACCUGUGAAAAGCCGUUAUCCCUUGACGUUCAUCCAGGUGAAACAGUAUUUUGGGUAUGUGCUGUACCGAACAACACUUCCUCGGGACUGCAAUGACUCGGUGCCCAUUUUCUCUUCAUCCAUCAAUGGUGUCCAUGAUCGGGCUUACGUCGCUGUGGACGGGGUCCCCCAAGGAGUCCUUGAGCGAAACUAUGUGCUGGUCCUGGACAUACAGGGAAAAGCUGGAGCCGUUCUGGACAUUCUGGUGGAGAACAUGGGGCGUGUGAACUAUGGCAAACACAUCAAUGAUUUCAAGGGUUUGGUUUCUAACAUGACCCUCAACUCCAGUAUCCUCACCAACUGGACAAUCUAUCCACUGGACACUGAGGCUGCAGUACGCAGCCAUCUUGGGGGCUGGGAGGCCCAUGAUGAUGGCCGCCAUGAUGGACAUGUGACUUUCAGCUCUUCAAACUUCACACUCCCCACGUUUUAUGUGGGCAGCUUCUCCAUUCCCUCGGGCAUCCCAGACCUACCACAGGACACCUUCAUUCAGUUUCCUGGAUGGACCAAGGGUCAAGUGUGGAUCAACGGCUUUAACCUUGGCCGAUACUGGCCCAAACGGGGCCCACAGGUGACCUUGUUUGUGCCGAGGCAUAUCCUGACGACUUCAGCCCCAAACAACAUCACGGUGCUGGAGCUGGAGCUGGCUCCCUGCAGUGAUGGGACCACAGAGCUGUGUACAGUGGAGUUUGUUGACAGGCCAGUCAUCGGCAGGUCCCUGGCCAACACGUUUCCAGGUUGGUCUGAUCAAGACUCAUGGCUGAACCUCCUGUGAUGACUGAACCUCUAGGACCACAGCCCUGCACUGGCUGCAUGGAUCAUCCUUUUCUUGCUACAGUGGAAGAUAAAUUUAUGGGGUGUGUGUGUCCUUUCGGUGUCUCUGCAGCCUUACAUUGCCUGACCACAAGAGUGGCCACCAGGAAGGCUGAAGGGAGUAGUCAUCACAGGAACACACACACAGCUGGAGUGUUGUGCAGAGUUGGAACAAAACUUGAAUGAUGUCUCUUCGUUUGAUUUGAAACAAUCAUGUCGUCUUUCCGUUGAAUAAAAUUUGUACUCAAGUGGC